AUGUCCGACGGCAUGUUCGAGGCUUCCUCUCCUCCGCGAUCCGACGAGUCCUUCGCCACCAGAGUCAAGGACAUCUUCGUGCACCGAAUAUGGGUGGCCAUCUGCCACUUUUCCAGACAGACGUUCCCGGAGCAAGAACUGGAAGAGCGCUACCAGCGAGAGACAUGGGCCAACGUGAAGCCUGGCGCUCUGCUGGGAACCAUAUUCUUCUUCGUCAUGUGGCUCGUCUUCUGCGCAUUCCUUGGCGGGACACUGUUCGUGUGGUAUUUCUUCAGUGCCAACAAUACGUGUCAUGGUCUCACAUUUAUCACCCUCUUUGGUCCACUGUUAGGAACCCCAACAAUCGCCAUGUUUGUUCUGGGCCAAAACCGUAUCCUCAACAGCAUCUGUGCCUUGGCUUGGGUGCUGGCAAGCAGCAUUGUCAUGAGCAAGCAAGGUGCAAUGCCCACGGUGGUCGCACGCAACUCCAUUCAAGUUGGACUGUACCACCUAUUCUUGGUCAUUUUCGACUACGCUCGCGAACGCUACAGUCGGCAGCUGUUCAUCCUUCGAAACCAGCUCAAGAUUCAGUAUCGGGCGGUCCAAUCGGCCCAAGUCAUGGAGCGCAAAGCGGAGCAGUCCAAGAAGCGCUUUGUGUCUUACAUUUUUCACGAAGUGCGAGUACCUCUCAACACGGCCCUCUUGGCGGUUCAGAACCUCAAAGGCGAAGGAGUCUUUAGCGGCUUGGACGACGACAUGGACGACAUGGUCCUAAACGAUGUGUUGUCUUUCAGCCGAAUGGAGAACGGCAAGUUUGUUCAGGUCGGCCGCCCGUUCGAUUUCCACAAGAGCAUUCAGCUGGUGGCCAUGAGUCAUCGGCCUCAAACCAACGUCAAUGGUGUCCAGCUGGAGGUUGACCUCGACCCUGCUAUUACCAAACUGGGAACCUUCAUCGGAGAUGAGAUGCGCCUUCGUCAAGUAACAAGCAACCUCGUCAGCAAUGCGCUCAAAUUCACUGUCGACGGCUCGGUCAAGAUUGUCACACAACUGCGACACACAAUCCGACGGAAGCCGCUGGACGAACCCCACACUCACACCGGCAAUUCCUGGGGUGCGGCGGACCCGGAAAAGGGACAUGUGGCUUCAGAGGAUCGUCGAGAAGAAGGUGCAACGCCUGAGGAUAGGGCCAUUGUUCGCGUUGAGAUCCGCGACACCGGCGUUGGCAUCAGUACCACCGACCUUGCUGACAACCGACUCUUUUCGCCCUAUGUGCAGACCGAGAUUGGAAGGCGGCAGGGUGGAAAAGGGUCAGGACUUGGCCUGGCCCUGGUGCGGCAGAUCGUCGAGCUGAGCGGCGGACGGUUGGGUGUAGACUCUGAGGUGGGAGUAGGGAGCACAUUCUGGUUCGAGCUACCAUAUACUGUCGCACCGACAAUCGAGACACCUGCAAGCCCCACAACGCCGACUCACACGAGUUCAGAACCAGACAUCUCGCCUCCGUCAUCUCUUCCUGUCCGUCGGGACUCGCUCAACAGCCUAAUGUCCUCGACAGGUUGUCCUUUGACGGCGCCCCUGAAGGUCCCUCAGCCUCAGUCAGCAGUCCUGUUGGAGGACGAGAAGUUUUUGGAUCAAGCCACUACACCAGGGAGCACAGGACCCCUGCCCUUGCCCAUGACAUUGGGCAUCGGCGAAACAGACGGUAUCGCUGUGCCAGCAGCCGAUGGAUCCAAAGGAGACCGACCACACUCGCCAAUCGAUACAGUUCUUGAGAGACCCCUGCGCGCUCUGGUAGUUGACGACGACAUGCUUACGCGCAAACUCAUGACACGCAUGCUCGAGCGUCUUGGCCACGAGGCCGUAUCAGCAGACAACGGCGAGUCUGGACUGAACCUCAUUACCGCAAGCUAUCGCCCUGGGGCUCGGCGAUUCGAUGUGGUGUUCUUGGACAACCAGAUGCCCAAGUUGUGCGGUGUAGAGGUGGUUCGCAGUAUGCGGGAACAGGGCAUGCGGCUGCUGGUGGUCGGCUGCACGGGUAACGCACUUCAAGAGGACCAGGAAGAAUACCUGGCAGCUGGAGCGAACCGCGUUCUGUCAAAACCCAUACACCAGAGCGCAAUCGAGGCGGCGCUGCUAGAGGCAAGGAGGAGAGCACUAGAUGUGGGCGACCGUAAUGUUGUCUGA